CAUGUCGCUAGCAACAUGGCUUCCGCCGGUGAGCCAGCGGACAAAAUCCCGCCCAAAAAUCGCGAUUCCUCCGCAAAUAAUCCGCGCCUGGACUUCUUCAGUGACAAGUUCGAUCCGUUGUUGGCCCUAAAAACUGCGGGAUUGAAACCGCCGGUGCCGAAGGCGAAAUGUCACGACAACAUGAGCAAACUCAAGUUGCCCGAUUUGUUGAGCGAACGUAAACAAAACACAGCUGUUGUCGGGAAGAAGCGCGACGAUGCGGCGGCGGGCACUUCGAAAACUACAGCGAGCGGCGAAUCGGUCCGCAGAUUCGAGCCGCAUCAAAUGCCCGUACAAAACACGAAGAAGGUGAACAAAACCAACAUCUACACGAAAAUGGAAUCAAUCGCAGGUCCCUUAAGUUUGUUAAGGAAAUGCAAGGACGAGCGGAUAAAAAUCAAGAUUUGGACGAGAUUUGCCUGGGGCCUUCGAGGAUUUUGCAUUGCCUACCUCGUGGCUUUUGACAAGCAGUGGAAUUUAGCCAUGGAGGAUGUGACUGAAUACUGGAUUCGGCCGAAGAAAAGGAAAACAUAUGCAACAGAAACAUUAAAAGUAAACGUGCCUUAUAAGUUGGAGCCUCCAAAAGUCACAGUUCUAAAGACCACAAAAAGGUUUGAAAUUUGCCAAAGGUACGUCGAACAAAUUGUGAUGAGAGGCGAGCACGUGGCUGUAAUCAAAACCCUAAACCAAACGGAAGAGUCUCAAGACAUGGAGCUACUAAUCAAGCAGCUGACUUCGAUAAUAAGAUAAUGUCCCCCGUAAUUGAAAUCUGUGAUUUUUUUAAUUGUUUUGAUAUGAAAUAAAUUAUUAAUUUUGGCAAACCUCCAA